CCAACCAGAUUUUAUUUAUUUUAUUCUUUUAUUAAAUUUCUAGACCACUCUUCAUCCGAGGAUCACAGGGCAGUUUACAAUAGAAAAACACAAAAAUACCAUACCAAAGUAACAAACCCACCCAGUUUAAGAGACCAGAUGACUCUGGGAAGUCUGCAAACUGAGCAUGAGCACAACAACAUUCCCUGCCCCCUCCUGUGGUUUCCAGCAACUGGUGUCAGAAGUGUUGUUGUCUCCAACACAAUCUCUGGUUCUUUGUGCUUGAGUCUUCUUCCCCCUCCUUGCUGUAGUAUUGGCACUGGACUGUCUCCUGGCCUUCCUUCUGAAUCCAGCUUUGGACCUUGACUACUCUCUGUACUUGACCCUCUGGCUUGUUGAAAUUAUGCUGCUCCUUGAACCCUGCCCUCUUGGCUAAGUGUUUUGUUAAAAGGCUCUUUUCCCCCUCCUUGGCCUGAAAUCCUUGACCAAGGGUGAAGAACCGUCUUGGCUCCACAGGUCAGAACCUUAGUGACCUGUCAGUCGCACAAUGUCAUAAUGGUGCUACAUGUCUGACAGGUGGGUGGUCCAGCUGGGUGAAAAUAUCACUCCAAGCUGCUCUGAGCUCUGACUGGGCCACUGAGUGGCUGGCCAGUGGCCAGUAGGACAGAAAGCCUCAUUGAUUUGUUCCAUAACAUUCAAUGGGAGCUGAGACAGAAUGCAGGCUGGGGGGUUGUCCCUACUCCCUUUCUACAAGCGUACCUUCAGCCUGCUCCACCAAUAACUAUGUUAUCACUAAGGCUGAACCUAGCCUGAAAACCUGUGCUGUCCAACUAUUAAGUGGGUUUGAACCCUUGCUGUGUUUAAAUUAGGUGCUGGUAAACAUUGUUUAAAGAAUUAAACACUAAAGAAAUCAAUCAUAAUUCAAUUUCUUCUUAUUAUUAUUUUUAGUGUGCAUUCGAUGAUGAAUGACAAGAUGUACUUUCACAAGCGAUUGAAGCAUAUAACCAAAAAAAGCACAAUACAUUCCCUCUUUUCCUUAAUGGCAUAGGCUAAAUUAUCCAUUACAUGUGGAGGCAGCAUAAAAGCCAUUCUGAGCAUCGAGCGGUGGAUCAAAGAGAGGGGCGAUAACUUGUCCACAGGAGAAAGCCACGCCUCUCAAAGUCUGAGAACAAGGAUAAGCAGUCUGCAUUUUAACUACCUCUCCAGGACUUAAAACAGUCUGCAAAGUCUCCUACUGCGGUGAGUGUCAAAUACUAGCUACAAAGAUCUUCUUUGCCCACUUUGCUUUUCUAUUACAAAUGACAUUUUCCUCACCAGUUUCAGGUGAAUUGAAGUGAGCUGUGUGUUUUUUAAAAAAAAAGAAGAAGAAGGAAAGAAGGAAAGAAAGAAAGAAAGAAAGAAAGAAAGAAAGAAAGAAAGAAAGAAGCAAAUUAAAUUCUGCUCAGCUCUUCCUGGAACAGAAAGUAGAGAGAAUGGAUUUCCAGAACAUUCUGUGGUACCUCAAAACUUACUUAGCCCUGUCCAGCCCGUUACAGCUGUAGUUCCCAGACCAGUUUAAUAGUCAAUCCCUCUUUCCAAGAAACUCUGGGAAUUAUAGCUCUGUGAGAAGAAUAGGAGAUCUAACUUAUCAAACUACAGUUAAUGGCAUUCUUAGGGAGAAGCCAUGACUGUUUAAAGUAGUUUGAUACUGCUUUAAAUAAAUAGUGCAAAUGGGGCCUGAUUGAGAGGUGGCACGAUGACCCUACUGUUCCAACAAUGGCAUGUCUGCCCUUCUCUGCUUCCUUGGUCAGCAAAGCCACACCAUCUCUCUUCUUGCACAUUGCUAGGCCUCCGGAAGACCAAGCUCCUCACCCCACCACCUGACCAUGCCAGGAAACAUGGGUUGGAAGAACACUCUCUCCAGGUCAUGCCCCAGACCAGUCCAAAUGGAUGUGGUGUGGAGGUGGAGGAGCCUCUCAUCUCAGAGCAGGUGAGCAAACUCAAGUGAAUCAUCAGGGGCAUGGCGGUAUUGGGGCUGGGGCUGGGGAGAGCAGCUUGAGAGAUUUCCAGGGCCAAAACGUUGAAAGCUCUGGCCUGAUCGCUUUUGACAAGCUCAUUGCGGCCCUCUCUCAAUUGGAACCAUUUGUGGUGCUGUAUUAACGCAAUGAAACCUAUCCCCCAGCAAAAACAGAACCCGAAAGGUUGACACAAGAGCUGAAGGCCAAGUGAAACCAGAUCUGUUUGGCGAUCUCUUAAAGAAGAUGGAAAGCUAAUAAAACACAGCUUUUCCUUUUCUUUCUCUCCCCCCUCCCUUUUAUGCCACAUAUUGACCAUCAUUCUCCACCAGGUAGAAGAGAAUAACGAUGUCAAUCCAAAACUAAUUGACUCCAUCCCUUUCCACUCUGUCAUGGGGGGCAUUUUUCUCUGAGGGUCAGGAUGUGUUAGAAAACAACUAUUUCAUGACCCGCCUCUAAAUGUUCUGCAUUCCCCCUCACUCCAAUAUACUGAGGAGGCUGAUAUUUAAUGAACGGAGUCUGAGCAGCAGUUCUGUUGGAUUUCAGCCAACUUGGGGGUGUUGACUGACCUCACUGAUUCCGAUUAGGCUGUGUGUCUGGAAUUGCCAUUACUGCAGCCCUUACAAAAAUCUCCAUUACCCUGGAUAUCUGUUUAAAACUUGAUCUCGUACUACCUCUUGAUGUAAUUCCUGCAUGGGAGUAUAUCCCCAGGGGAUGCUUCUCAUUACUGCUGGUGGUAAUCUUAUGGUUUGGGUGCUGGGUGAGAUUAUAACUCCUGUAACUGGCAGCAUACAUCUGAUAUAGAUUAUCUGUGAGAGCAGCAUGGCAUUCCUGCAAAGUAUACAAUAAUCCCAAACAUUAUGCUGUACUGUGUGUGUGUGUGUGUGUGUGUGUGUGUGUGUGUGUGUGUAUUUCUUACAGCCUGGUAGAACAUCUACCUAAGCCAGUUUGGUUUGGUGAUUAGAGUGUCAGAUCAGGACUUGGAAGACCAGAGUUCAAAUGCCCACUGAGCCAUGAAGCUCACUAGGUAACCUUGGGCCAGUCACUGCCUCUCAGCCUGACCUACCUCACAGGGUUGUUGUGGAGAAAAAGGAGGGAUUGCAGUGGAGUGCAAUAAAAAAAAAUCCACCAUUUUCUUACAAGUAAAACUGGAAAAACACGCCUUGAUUAAAUUUUGGUAGGUGUUCCAAGGCCACAAAAAAUGACCUUAAGAUGCAUCCCACCAGUGCCAAUUGUUCUCCUUCAGCCAAAAUGGACUCUGGGUGACAGAUUUUUGAAAAGCCAGUCAUGGCACUACAAUGGUACCUUGGGUUAAGAACUUAAUUCAUUCUGGAGGUCCGUUCUUAACCUGAAACUGUUCUUAACCUGAAGCACCACUUUAGCUAAUGGGGCCUCCCACUGCCGCCGCGCAAUUUCUGUUUUCAUCUUGAAGCAAAGUUCUUAACCCGAGGUACUAUUUCUGGGUUAGCGGAGUCUGUAACCUGAAGCAUAUGUAACCUGAAGCGUCUGUAACCGGAGGUAUCACUGUACAAACUAGAUAGCUCAGAGCUGCAGGCUGAUUUUUGCUCUAUCUGGAACUCUGCAGCAAAUACUUUUAAAGCUCACAUUCCUCUUGCUUUCAAACAUGUGCCUCCAAGCUUGUUGUAAUUUAGCUUCUACACACCUCAGGAGGGGGGGAAAUCACACAGGGUUGGGGGAGAUCGCUUCAUUCUUUUGAAUUUCUUUUCCUUUCUUUCUGUUUUUUUUAUGGCCUAACUUCUAAAGGAGCAGGUGGAAAGCAGGCUAAACAGACCUCCAAGGUCAGCAUGGCAGAAUUUCAGAGUCCAGUUAACUCAUUAAGUUUAAGUGGAAAAUAGGGGAUGAAAGCUUCGUUUAGGAAGAAUUAAGGAAAUACCUAGGAAUGGGUUUACAAAGUGAAAUAUUUUCUCUCAAAGCCAAAAGGUUAGCAGGUUGGUCUCUCCCAUCUGUGACUGAUUAAAUGUGUUUGAGGGGACAGGUGGCUUUAGGAAAUGUAAUACUUAAAGAGCUUUUAAAAUAUUUUCGGCACUUUGGCCAGGUUAUUGGAUUCAUUCUUGCCAACUCAGCAAGACGGUGUCUUGAAAGGCACCACCACCCAGCACUCAUAGCUGCAGUGCUUUCUCAAAACUAUCUCCUUAUCAAAAAUCUACAGUGCCUAGGUCAAUGCUAAGGCAUGGCAAAUCUGACUGCUGCUUACUAACAUUUAUGGAAGCAUUUACCAUUCACAAUAGUUUAACUUGGAAUGGGGAAGAAUUUUGGUUUGGCUCACCUUUUUACUGUGACCUUACCUAAUCCCAAAAGCAAUACAUGGGAACUGAAACACAUCUAUCCAUCAAAAUUCACACUUCUCCUGACUCUGAGAUACAAUUCAAGCAAAUAAAUGAAUACAAAAAUUUGUCUAUUAGGGAAAGGUGUGCAUUUUUAUAAGUGAAAAUAGCGUAGCAAAAUACAUUGUAUUAGGGGAAAUUGCUAGCAAAAAUUUGCACAUUAUUAAUCUUGUUUAUAAAACCCAAUUAAAAAGAAGAAGGAAUGUGCACUAAAAUGGUGGCAGAUGUUGUAGGGGUUUGUUUCUUUUUACAAUGAGAUAGGGAGAGAAACCAAAAUUGACGGUUUCACCCAUUCCUAAGUUUAACUCAUUGGAAGGGUUGGUUCUGCUGACUUAGGCAUAGCUUCAUGGCAGUAAGUCCAACAGGCAAUAAAGGAAGCCCGUUUCCAAGUAGGGCUGAAGCGAAUUUGCUCCCAUUAAGCCAGGUAAAGGUAAAGGGACCCUGACCAUUAGGUCCAGUCGUGGCCGACUCUGGGGUUGCGGCGCUCAUCUCGCUUUAUUGGCCGAGGGAGCCGGUGUAUAGCUUCCGGGUCAUGUGGCCAGCAUGACUAAGCCACUUCUGGCGAGCCAGAGCAGCUCAUGGAAAUGCCAUUUAACUUCCCGCUGGAGCGGUACCUAUUUAUCUGCUUGCACUUUGACAUGCUUUCAAACUGCUAGGUUGGCAGGAGCAGGGACCAAGCAACAGGAGCUCACCCCGUCGCAGGGAUUCGAACCACCGACCUUCUGAUCAGCAAGCUCUAAGCUCUGUCGUUUAACCCACAGCGCCACCUGCAUCCCAGGUAGCCUUUCAAUAUUUGUCAUCUGCAUCUAACAGCUCCUGCAAUUCAGUUUCAAUAUUUGAUAAUGAUAUUUGACAGCCAACAUGUGAUGCCGUCUCAGAUUUGACAGUAUUUGAAAGCUAGCAUUCAGUAAUAAUGGUUGCUGGCAUGCAAUGGCUAGAAGAGAUGUAAAACUUAUACCUCGCUUUUCUAUUAAAAUAAACUCAAUGUGGGCUACAGUGUAAAACAACAAAGACAUACUUUAAAACAUAACAAUUGCAAGUUCAAUAUAACAAUAUCAAGACCAUUAGGAACAUGCCAGGCCAUUGAUCCAUAUAGCUCAAUAUUGUCUACAAUGACUGGUAACAGCUCCCCAGGCUUUCAGCCAGGGAAUUUUCCCCAGCCCUACCUGGAGAAGGAACCUGGGAUGUUGUAGAUGUUCUACUACUGAACUACAGCCCUUCCCUGAUAAUGCCUCCCAUUGGCUUGCCCUCUUGCUGUCCCCAGCAGUCUAGUUUAAAGGUUGCCAAGUGAUUUCACUGGGAGAUGCUGACUAGUUGACUUUUUGUGGAUGUCUGCUCAGAAAUAAGCCCCAUGGAGUACAAUGAGGCUUACUGUAGCAAGUUUGCACAGGGAACCAGUGUGUGUGUAGAUACGAUUUGCAAUAUCUGUAUUUUUGGGCCAAAUACAGGACACAUAGGGACGCGGGUGGCACUGUGGGUUAAACCACAGAGCCUAGGACUUGCCGAUCAGAAGGUCAGCAGUUCGAAUCCCCGCAACGGGGUGAGCUCUCAUUGCUCGGUCCCUGCUCCUGCCAACCUAGCAGUUCGAAAGCACGUCAAAGUGCAAGUAGAUAAAUAGGUACCGCUCUGGCAGGAAGGUAAACGCCGUUUCCGUGUGCUGCUCUGGUUCACCAGAAGUGGCUUAGUCAUGCUGGCCACAUGACCCAGAAGCUGUACACCGGCUCCCUUGGCCAAUAAAUCGAGAUGAGCGCCGCAACCCCAGAGUCGAUCACGACUGGACCUAAUGGUCAGGGGUCCCUUUACCUUUACCUUACAGAUCACAUGGCAUACACUCUAUGCAUAGUUCCCUGUGCAAGCAUUUUAUUGUAUGCGUGAAGUGUAAGCACAUGUAGAAGACAGGGCCUGUGUGUGUCUCCUACUCCUUCCACAGCAUGCAUUGAGGGAAAAGACUGCAGGCAACAUUCUGACGUAGCAUGGCAGCAGUGCAUACAUCCAGCUUUGCCACACAUAGCAUAAUUAGAAAUUACACAUCUUAAUUAGAGAUGUGAAAGACAUUUCUGCAGAAUAAUAACCCAAUCCAAUGCUUCUGAACUGGCAGGUUGGGAUACAAAUCCCAGCUGGGUGAUGCCCUUCUAUGGAUUUUACAAUGCAUUUUCUGUUUUUCAAGAUGUGCACACACAAAAAUGCAUUUUACAGAAAAGCAGUCGUUUUUGCAAUAGCCUUAACUGGUAUGGAGUACCGUCAUUUCUUUUUUUGCUGGUACCCAGGACACUUUGAUCAGGAUACGAGUACAGGCACCUCAUUUUUUACACACACCCCGCCAAAAUGAAACCAAAAAAAGCACAUAUAAAAUAUGAAUUUUACUGGUGAAUGUAUUGAAAAGUUCAAUGUCUAAAUUAGCACCCCAAAACAACAUCAAGAAAAGACUCCAACAAUAACUUGAAUAUAAAAACAAACCCCCAAGUCUUGUCUGUCUUAAGCUACCCCUUUAUUGGUGAUACUGAUGCUCUAACCUCAAAAUGUGCACAGAUAUUUUUCUCACAGAGGGAUUCCUGGCCCCCCCCUCCACCCACUGGAAACUUUCACAGUGCUGGAUUACAUUUUGAUUUACGAGAUUUUGCUAAGAUGUGAAUUAGCUUUCCUUACCUUUCGUAAAGCUAUGCUUUACCACUCUGCACUGUUAAGGCAAAGGAACUGAUUCUCCUUGAAAGGGAGCCACACAUCAUCACACAAAAGUUGGGCUCAUUGAGUUUCUCGGAAACCGCUUUAAAUCUCUCAUAGGCUUAUAAAACCAUAGAAACGCAAGGAAUUGUGGAUCUUUUGUGCUGAGUUACAUUACUUUGAUUGAGCAUGAUUUUUUUUUUAAAAAAAGCGUUUGCUUCACUACCAUUAAAAAAAAGAAGACAAAAAUAGUCAGAAACAAAUUUGCAGAGAGUAGGCUUACGUCAGCAGCAUAUGCGUGAAAACUAGAGUAAUAUAGAGAAGACUUUAAGCCUAUGGUGAAAUAAUCCUCUGGAAGCUGUUUGUCUUACAUGUUGAUUGCAUACAGACACAAGGAGUUGCUGCUUGAGGCCAUACUGUACCAUGAGUUAUGUAUUACUUAAGUUGUGCAGAUAUUCUGCACGCCACAUGGGUAAUUGUUGCAUGUGUGUCUUUUAUCAAAUUGCUAAAAUAUAUGGAAAUUCCACCAUAAACACAAGACUCCAAAUUAUAUAAAUACUUAUAUUGAACUCUGAGCCACAUAAUUAUUUGACCUGUCCACAUUCACACUGCUACAUGGGUUUUGUAGUCUAUUUCAAACUUGCAGGGUGAUAUUACAUUUGGAGAAUACAUGUGACAAGUGGGACCUGUAGCAAAAUGUUGCAGUGUGUACCUCAAACCCCUAAAGAAGUUCUCCUGUUCCAGGUUCCAGCCAGCUGGCUAUGUCCUCCUCUCAGCUAUUAUAAGCUGCAAGAAGAUAAAGCAGCCUCAUUCAUUAUUUUCCCCCAUUUCCAGUUGACACUCAACUUUCCAUGGGACCUGGAGGCCACUGAGCAUGCUCAGACCUCCUUGUGACAACUCAACCCCCUGGCUGAGCUUUCUGAUUGGCCAGAGGCCCCUCAUGACCAUUCCACCACUAUAUAGCAGGAAACCUGUACUGAAAGGCCUGCAAACAACUGGAACUGGCUCUCCAGUCCUACCUGGAGAUACCAUGGUUUCAACCAGGGACUCUCUGCAUGGCAUGGUUGUAUGAAUGAAGUGUGCAGGAUCUAUCAGAAUGAACAUGCAUAGCAGGGUUAAUAGAAUCCUGGGGUCCCUCUAGACUUCUGCUUGCAUUUGUUCACGAGUUUAUCCUGCCACAUUAAACUGAGGCAACAAUAGUGCAUUAGUAGAGGAUUUAUACCAGACCAUCUACACACCAUUCUGCCUUAUAAGUUGUUCUGUGAUGGUUCUCUGAUGUUACCACAUUACAGUGGUACCUCGGGUUAAGUACUUCGUUCCGGAGGUCCGUUCUUAACCUCAAACUGUUCUUUUUUAAAUAUAUAUAUAUAUAUUUUAUUAAUUUUCCAUACAUUCAUACCACAUUACAAUUUCUAUUAAAUUUUCCGUUUUUGACUUCCUUCGGCUUCUCUGCCAAUCAUCCAAAUUCUAACUUCUUCAGUUACACAUUUCCAAAUUUUGCUAUUGCCUUUAUACCUACCCCCCACUUCUAUUUUGCCUUUUUACAAUAUUUCUUAUGCUGUUACAGAGCUUCUCUAAAUGCCACUAGCGUUAUUUCAUUAUCACUUAUACAUUCCCAGUAUUCAACUAAUUUUCCCCAGUCCUCGAUGAACUUUUGAUCUCGUAGAUAUCUGAUCUUCCCAGUCAGUUUAUCAAGUUCUGCAUAGUCUAUCAGCUUCAUUCUCCACUCUUCCAACGUUGGUAUUUGUUCUUGUUUCCAUUAACCUCAAACUGUUCUUAACCUGAAGCACCACUUUAGCUAAUGGGGCCUCCUGCUGCCGCCGCGCCGCUGAAGCACGAUUUCUGUUCUCAUCCUGAAGCAAAGUUCUUAACCCGAGGUACUAUUUCUGGGUUAGCGGAGUCUGUAACCUGAAGCGUAUGUAAUCUGAAGCGUAUGUAACCCGAGGUACCACUGUAUUUUCAUCUGGAGAGUAACUCUUGCAGUACAGAACAAAAGCAGGACAACAAAGAAGCAAAGCAACAGAACACGAGGCAGGAAAAGAUGCAGAAUCUCAACAGGAAGCUAUGUGAAAUAGGCCACUUAGAGAUGAAGCAGGAUGCCAACCCCCAAUACCAUCAUGAGCAAAAAAAAAUCAUAAUGAAUGCACAAUGAAAUGGGCAUCUGUAUAUUUAAAAAAGUUGAUCCAGUCUGCAGCAUGGCAUUUGAAGCAGUCAGCUCCUCUGCGAUCUGAAUGACUCUUGCCAUUUGUGCGUAAUGGUUCUGCUGCUGGGUAGCUGCCCAUGACUUUGACUGCAACUUCCUUCCCAAAUGCUUGCAAAUGUGUCCACACCCCGUUUUUGUUGCUGUUAAUUCUCCGCUCCUUUCCAUGCCCCCGCUUCUUAGUUGUAGCAUGAGUAAUCUAAUUUCUCUGCACAACGCGUUGCUGUUUGAUAGACAGGUUGCCAAGGGACAUUUCAUGUGUCAGCAUCAGUGAAAAUGACUUUUGAAGAAAGCUCACACCCUAUCACUAGCGUGGAAUCCAAAUUGCCAUAGAGCUUCUGCAGCCAUGAGUACCCCGCGCUUCGCUCCCAGAUAAUGUAUUCCAUUGCCUCUGGCAGAGAAAAAAUCAGUGAGAAUCUCUAUUGAAUACUGAUAUCAGCUGGGAAGCAGAAUGCAGGGAGGGAAUCCAUAAUUAGGAAUAUUCAGAUGUUGUACAAUCACUUUUAUUAGUACCUUGAACAACAACACAGGAGUGCAGAUCCGAACAUUAGGGAUGUAUAGAGGCAUCGUUUUCCAUUUCAUGACAGAACUGUUUCCAUUCCACUGCAGUUCACCCUCCACCAAAAGCUAUAUCAUUUGUCUUUCUGUCUGCUGUGGCAAUUUUUUGUAAGUUGCAUGAUUAACUAUGUGGUCAUUAUAUUAUUCUACCCCAUUUCAUUUCAAUGCAAAGGAAUAGAGGGGAUGCUCAUCAAAUUUGCAGAUUACAUCGAACUUGGAAGCAUUAGCAAAUAUCACAGAAGAUAGAAUCAGGAUUCAAGAUUAUCUUAAUAGAGUAGAUAGCCUGGCCAAAAGUAAUAGAAUGAAUUUCCACAGGGACAAAUGUAAGGUUCUACACUUAGGUAGAAGUGUAGGGAAGUGUAUCCCUACAAACUGAGGGAUAACCAGAUGCACAAAUAUAGGAUGGGGGACACCUGGCUUGACCGCAUUACACAUGAGAAGGAUCUUAGUAGACCACAAGCUUAGCAUGAGUCAACAGUGUGAUGCAGCAGGAAAAAUAGCUAAUGCCAUUCUAGGCUGCAUCUACAGAAAUAUAGUGUCCAGAUCAAGGGAAUUAUUAGUUCUAGUCUAUUCUGUCUUGGUCAGACCCUCCCAACCCCAUAGUACUGUGCUGGGUAUCACGGUUUAAGAAGGUUAUUGAGCUGGAACAUGUGCAAAGGAGGGCAACCAAAAUGAUCAAGGGUCUGGAAACCAAGCCUUAUGAGGAACAUUUGAAGAAGUUGGCUAUGUUGAACCUGGAGAAGAGAAAACUGAGAGGUGAUAUGAUAGCCAUCUUCAAAUAACUGAACCGCUGUCACAUGGGAGAGGGAGCAAGCUUGUUUUCUGCUACACAAGAGGGAAGAACUCAAAUGACAAGAAUGGCGAUUCCAAUGCAAUAUUAGGAAGAACUUUAUGAAGGUAAAAGCUGUUCAGCAAUGGAACAGACCACCUGAGACGGUGGUGGACUCUCCUUCAUUGGAGGCUUCUAAGCAGAGGUGGGAUAUGAAGUGAUGGACAUGAGGCAGGAGUUGAUAAUGCAGGUGAGCUGCGCACAGGUGGGCUGCAUGCAAGCUGCCGGCCAGCCCUGUGGAGCCUCCUUUUAUUGACACAAAUAUGCAAACCAGGCAGAUACAUUUUGGGCUGUGACCUUCACACAUCUUCCGGUCCCGAGAUAGUGGGCUGGUACAAAGUUAUUUUGGCACCUGUUUCCACCGCGUCAUUUUCCCCUUGCACAGUGUAUGACGAAGGAGACAAAAGGUCUCAGAGACAAAGGUUACAGACAGGGCACUGCAGACUACUGAGACUGCAAAGGGUUAGACAGAGGGUACGAUGUUCAGACAGCUGUGGCUUGUCUGUGGGGGGGGUGCCCCGCACCCCAAGGUCAUGUGUGCAGACAGACUGUUGCUGCCUGCGGGUGGGGAGUGUGCUCCCUCCGGACCCCACCCCCUACCCCGCCAUCAUCCCUACAGGGAUGGCCAUCUGUCAGGGAUUAUUUAGCUGUGAUUCCUACAUUGCAGGGGGUUAGAUUAGAUGACCCUUUGGGGCCCUUCCAACUCUACAAUUCUAGGAUUCUAUACAUGCUUUAAUCCCCUCAUCUCUCUUCUGGCAGAUGAUUCCCACUUGUUUCCCCGUUUUCCACAGAAGUGCAAGAACGAGCUCUGCGUCCACACCCUGCUGCUAUUCAUCCAGGUCUGUAAGUGUAAGUCUUUCCAAAGCGAUGAAGUGACUCUUUUUUAUGAAAGGGUGCAUACUGUUACACUUCACUGUCGACAUCUGCCAUUCAGCAAGCACCACCCUAUAAAAGAAACCUAAAAUGUUCUGUUCCUCAAUUAAAGUAUAAAAGCAGAGCUGUUUGGGGAGGUUUACAAGGUGGUUAUUUCUAUUUACCUGACAGAUUUCUGCCCUGGUUGCAGCGCAGUGCCAGAUUUCAUUGUUUAACUGGGAACAAUUGUUUUGUGAGACUGGUAUCUAUGGAGAAGCAAGAUAUGUGCACUACAUCACUGCUAAAGGUCUUCUCACCCCACCCCACUCCCCCCAAAGCAGAUACAGAGUCCGCAAUCUCACAAGUAAUAGAAUAAACGGUUCAUGGAUGGUCUUUGUCGAAAGCCAUUUUCUCCACAUUGCAAUCAGUGAGAGAUGAUACAGCAUCCGCAAGGGUCUUGUUCUGAAGGUUUUAGAGGGAGACCAGAGGCAUGUGGGAAGAGGAAGAAACUGUGCAGUACCAAAUCCCACACCUGCCUAUUUGAGCGUUCAGCUGAACAGGAGUUCAUUUCCCUCUGGUCCGCAAAGACCUCUAGAAGAAAUAAAAGACAUCAGCCUGGGUUAAAUAUUAUUUCUCAUUUAUUUAAAGUGUUUUUACCCUCCUCGUCUGCCAAAAAGGUUCCCAGAAUGGACUACAGAUGCAUUUUAAGAAUGAUAUUUCUUAUUAUUAUUAUCAUCAUCAUCAUCAUCAUCAUCAUCAUCAUUAUCAUCAUUAUCAACUGAAUGUAUUGUUGUCCAAUAAUUUUAGAUGCUCUCUAGGCAGCUCACAAACAUAAAAUGAUAAAACACCAUUUAGAACCCUCAGGGUUGCCAACUAACAGACACGACAUGAAAGGGGAAAGGUAUGUGGAGGGAGGAGGGCUGAAGGGAAGGCUAAGAAGGUGUCCUCAUAUCAUGUUCAGAAAUUUGACUGGACUGGCAAUUGAAUCUUACUUCAACAAUGGGGAUGGGCAACAUCCUUCACUAGCUUAGGCUAGCUUGGUGGAUGUGGGGGAGCUCUGAUGCAUCCCCUAGAGUCAAACACUUGAGGCAGCUGUCUUACUCUGUCUAAUGGUAGGGCCUGCCCUGUGUCACAGCCAAGUCUGGUUCAAAGAUCAAGAACCAUACAAAUUGAGAAAUAGAGCCCGUCAACAGUUUACCCCCUGGGCAAUAUUUUAAUGAACACUUUAGUAUAUGUAUUAGUGUAAACAUUACCUGGUGUGUGUUUUUUUAAGGUAAAAAGGUAAAGUCCAGUCAAAUUUGACUAUGGGUCAACUUUCAGGAGAUGCCAAGGGAGCCAGCAUUUGUCCACAGACAGCUUUCCAGGUCGUGUGGCCAGCAUGACUGAACCACUACUGGCACACGGGACAUUGGGACGAGUGCCAGAGCACACGGAAAUGCCGUUUACCUUCCCACUGCAGCAGUACCUAUUUAUCUACUUGAACUGGAGUGUUUUCAAACUGCUAGGUUGGCAGGAGCUGGGACAGAGCAAUGGGAGCUCACCCCGUUGCAGGGAUUCAAACCGCUGACCGUCUGAUCAGCAAGUCCUAGGCUCUGUGGUUUAGACCACAGUGCCACCUAAAGUGAGUCUGGGAACUCAUUCCAAGCCCCUAUGCAGGUCUGAUUCCUCCCACACCUCCCACACCUGUGUCAUGACCUUACUGAAUAGAAGGUUACACCUGUUACACCUGUGCACUGUAGGGUUCACCUCCUUAAUGCUAAGGGUAGAUAAUGAGUGCAGGCUAGAGAUGGGCAAUUCUGCCAAUUUCAGUUUCUCUUUGUUUCUCUUUUUUCCUAGUCUUCAGUUCUCCACAUUUCUAUAUCAGUUUGCAGGGGUUCUUUAUUUAAAAGUCCUCAUGAAAAUGCAUCAGCAUUGCAGUGCAAAUUUCUCCCAAUAUGCACAACUUUGUAUGAAGUUUUGCCUAACGUACACAUUAUUAUUAUUUUGCAAAGCCGUGUUUCCUAAUAUAAUUCCCCUUUGCCUGGCAUUUUAAUGCACACCUUGCUCCAGUAUUUGCAAUGGUCUACACGUUACUUGGCUGGAGCAGUGCCUUGCAAAAUCCAGAAAAGUGCUCAUUUCAAAGGAUGGUUGUGUUUCGGUUUGCACGCUGUUGUGAAAAGUGUGAAUUAGGUGAGUUUGCCUUUAAAUGCAAAUGGAACGGAAUUUCUCCCCCAUCCCUAAUUAAUGGACAAGAGGGGAUGGGAGCAUGCCUUCUCCUCCCUCUGGUCAUGGGGAGCGCAGCCACUGAGGAUCAAGCUGGCUUUUAGCUGCAGAGCCCAAUGCCGCACUCUGUUUUCUGAGGCAUGCGAGAGCUUGGCCGAAACAAUAUCUGGAACUGGAGGAAAGGCGGGAGGCCUCAUAAUAUUAUACAACGCAUUAGAGACAAUAUAGCCACCAUGGCAUUUCCUCUGCUCUCGUUACUCUUCCAUCAAAUAGUUAAUUUUCUGAUUGAAGCUGAGAAGAAACAGCUAUUAUCCAGGUGCCAAUUAUUGCUCUUAGCACCAUGUGCAUUAGAAGCUGAUCCUAACAGCCCCCCUAUUAAAUGAUAUUGGACUGAUAGACAUAGGCCAUCUAAACAUUAGCCCUUUGGAAAUCAUGGUGCUUUUUGUCUGCCCCUCUCUUUUCUUGCCUCCCCUCCCACCUUUUUGGUCUUUCUUUCUUUCUUUCUUUCUUUCUUUCUUUCUUUCUUUCUUUCUUUCCAGCCUGAAAUGCUGGGCUGAGCCACCACGUUUUAGUCAAUGUGAUUCUAAGAACAUAUGAAACGGCUGUGUAUCAGGCCAGAUUAUUUGCCCAUCCAGCUAAGCAAUAUUGACUCUGCCUGGAAGCAGUUCUCCAGAGUCUCAGGUAAACAGCAUUUCACAUCGCCUGCUCCCUUUCCUUAACUGGAAAUGCUAGCCAUUGGAUCUGGGGACCCUCUACAUGCCAAGCUCAGGUGCUUGGCCUCUCCAUAUCUGUACCCAGUGCUAUUUUUCAAGAAAAAGAGAUGCCGGAACUCACCGUGACCCUUGUUGACUUAUAAUGGCAAUGGCACCCACCUGAGAGGUGCUGGAACUGAGUUCUGGCAAGUUCUGGUUGGAAAAAAGCCCUUUCCGUACCCUCUCCAACUGUCCCUAUAUUCCAGGGACAGCCCCGGAAUUACAAAAUCCAUUGUGGCUUCUACAGGGAAAGGUCUUUUGGGGUAUUUGGGGUCUGAGUCAUUUAGGUUUUUAAACACUCACAUGAGCACUAACAUUAUAUUCAAUGUCAGGUUGUUGCUGUUGUUGUUUGUUGCUGUUGCUGUUGUUCCUAUUAUUGAAAGGCGAGCCCUUCUUCAAUAUACAGUGGUACCUCAGGUUAAGUACUUAAUUCGUUCCAGAGGUCCGUUCCUAACCUGAAACUGUUCUUAACCUGAAGCAUCACUUUAACUAAUGGGGCCUCCUGUUGCUGCAGCGCUGCCAGAGCACAAUUUCUGUUCUUAUCUUGAAGCAAAGUUCUUAACCUGAAGCACUAUUUCUGGGUUAGCAGAGUCUGUAACCUGAAGCGUAUGUAACCCGAGGUACCACUGUACUCUUUCCACUAUCGACUCAUUCUGAGUGUGCCAUGAUGGAUUGUGUCUUCCUCAUCCCCACAUCCCUGCCCCGUCUGUUUCUUCAUUAGGAAUUCUGGGAGGGGGGAAAUGGUUUUUCACAGGAGGGCUGGUUUCACAGAAAGCUCAUUGUUGAUCUUUGGAUGCCUCCGGGCCAACAAUCUGUGCUACAAGUUACACUGCUUUUUCCCCCUUUUUCUUUUUUUAAAGAACACACCAAAAAAUAGACAAGAAUAUAAUACUGCUCCGAGCAUCUGUAACUAGCUAAUUAGGCCCUUGUGGGCAACGCAGCAGAUAGGAAAAUGGAAACAAACAAAUAUAUCCUUGUACAAUUGUACUUUAAAAGACCAUCGUCGCCACAAAGAGGACGCUGGUAAAUUUGGGAGUGUUUUGUUCUAAAGGACCUAAUUGAGGCUGGCUUCGUGGUUGCUUUUGCAUCCCCCCCCACACCCUUUUUCAUCUAGAAACAGAGGAUGUUUUUUGCCUCCAAACCUCAGCAACCUGUUAGAAGUUGAUAAUUAGUAUGAGCUGUUAAUCUAGUUUGGCUGUGAUUAAGCUGCGAUUGAACAUGAGUGUGGUUCUUGUCAGUGAGCUGUGGGCCUGUAAGCUGGGGGGGAUGUUUAACAAGCCGCCAGUUGUCUGGGGCACCCACCGGGCAUUGUGGUGGCUGAUCAGCAUUUGCAGAACAGGGUAAGCUAGUAAACAGAUCUGAAACUUUGCAUCUUGGGCUGGAGGCUGAGCUCUUGGGCUGCUGGCAGCGCAGGUGAGGGGCAUGUUGUUUCCAUUACUGUGAGAUCCUAACAAACAAGGUGAGGAAGCUGUGGCCCUCUUGUCAGGAACAGGUCAGCAAUAAUUCACACAGCAUCAGUGAAGUUGACUCUUUAUUCAAGGAAGCAAGGUCUGCUCAGGAGGCCAGGCCUAGUGAGCACAGCAUCUCAUCCCAGUAGAUCUUGCUCCUAUGAGGCAGUUGUGAGGACUGAAGAUCCCAUCCUUCCCACACUUGCCUAAGUCUCCGUCUUCCCCUGGUCCUUCCCAAGCAAUCUGGGACUCUGCCAUGUGCCUGUCUUUGCUCCUCCCUCUUCAAACCUCUUCUGGUUCUGGGAGACCAUGGGGGGGAGGAAUGGGUCACAGAAGGAGGGGGAGACACCUCGGCUUCUUCACCACCCUGCCUGAUCUCUGCCUCUUGCCCCCCCUCUCCAACCUCUGUUCCUGACUCUGAUUCUGAACUGCUCUCUGCCACAGACUCUUCCUGCUCACUAAACCCUGUUACCUCUUUAGCUUCCAACACCACCUCCUCCUCCCAGUCUUCUCUCUUGUCCCCUAUUGAUUUGAGGUCGAGGGGAGCUAUUUUGAUGUUGAGGUAAAAAGGUAAAGGUAAAGGACCCCUGGACAGUUAAGUCCAGUCAAAGGCGACUAUGGGGUUGCGGCACUCAUCUCGCUUUCAGACCAAGGGAGCCAGCGUUUGUCCACAGACAGCUUUCUGGGUCAUGUGGCCAGCAGGACGAAAUCACUUCUGGCACAACGGAACACCAUGACAGAAACCAGAGCACACAGAAACGUCAUUUACCUUCCCGCCGCAGCGGUACCUAUUUAUCUACUCGCACUGUGUGUGCUUUUGAACUGCUAGGUUGGCAGGAGCUGGGACAAAGCAAUGGGAGUUCAUCCCAUCACAGGGAUUCAAACUGCUGACCUUCUGAUCAGCAAGCCCAAGAGGCUCAGUGGUUUUGAUGCUGAAGGACCUGGUGACACACCCAUAAUAAAGAGAUCAUUCAGAUGAACCCCCGAUUAAUCUGGGGGCACAUUUAUAUGACUGGCAGAAAUGUAGAUGCACAAAUAAGCACAUUCCUGGCACCCAGAGAAGCCCAUUCAUAAAUGGGAAAGGAUGCCAGGAAAGGAAAAACUGCAAGAAUCUUUUUUUUUUAUGCAGUUGGAAACAAGCCUCCUGGCAAGAGACUCGAGGAAGUCAAGCUGCUUAGCUUAUCAGAAAGAAGGAUAAGAGGUGACUUGAUUAUGGGGUAUAAGUACCUUCGCUAAAGGGCCCUUCAAGCAGGAGCGGAAAGCUGCUGAUAGCACGAAUCAAGGGACAAAUUCAAAUGAGAAAUAAGGCAGGGCUGAAAAUCAGCAGGGAGGAACCACAGGAACGGGCUUCAGAGGGGAGGAAGGACGGCUUGCUGUCAUUUACAGUGCAUUUCUCACAUCGAGAUUAUUUGUCCUCCCAUAAAAUCAGCUUCAUCAAUCCAGUCAUAUAUAAGCAGGUAAAAAAAGAGAAAGCACUUGCUAGGUCAAGUCCAUGACUCAUCUAGUCCAAGCAAGCCCAACUCCCAAGAGACUGCGAUCUACUCCCACUAUAAAAAAAACUGGCAGUGAUCUACCCAAGAUGGCGACUAACUGCCCAAAGUUGUUGAGCUUUUCAGGGGGGGGAGGCAUCAGUUUUUCCACUCUUGCGGGGAGAGUGAUCACUUCCUGCCAUCCCGUGAUCUACCUGGAACAUCCCGGUGAUCUACCAGUAGAUCAUGAUCUACCUGUUGGACAUUCCUUCUAGUCCAACAUCCUGAUCUCUCAGUGGCCCAAGCCGUUUUCUGGGAGAAGCCUGCAGGCAGCAUGUGAGCCCAACAGUAUUCUGCGCACUUAUGAUUCCCAGCCACUGGCGUUCAGAAGCAUAAUGCCACCGAGAGUGUAGACAGAACAUGGCCAUUGUGGCUAGUAGCCACUGAUAGCCUUAUUUGCCAGGAAUUUGCCUGGUCCUCUUAUAAAGCCAUCCAAGUUGGCGGUCAUCAUUACUUCUUGAGGGAGCAAAUUCCAUAAUUUAACUCUGCACUGUACUUUCUUUUGCCUGUCCUGAAUUGCACAGCAUUCAGUUUCUUUGGGUGUCUAUGAGUUCUGAUGUUAUGAGAGAGAAGCAUUUUUCUCUGUCCAUUUUCCUCACACCAUGCAUGAUUUUAUAAUACUUCUAUAAUGCACCCUCUCACUCACCUUUGUGCCAUAUGCAUUUCUUCUUAGGAAAAAUGUUCCGCUCUAGGGAUGACUUGGAUUCACUUAAAUGAGUGGGUGGGCAGUGGCAGGCAAGAGGCAAGUUGCUCUGCCGUCUGAGGCCACCUCUAAACUUUGCCUAAUGGGUGAGAUGGUCCUGGCCAUCCCCGUCAUUCUUUCAGUGUGGACUAAAGACCUCCCUCUUUCAACAAGCUUUUUCCUGGCCUGCGUCUAUAUUGGAAUUGUAUUUAACAGUCUUUGGAUGUUUCCGUUGUGUGUUUGCCGUUCUGCGCUUGUUCACGUGGAAAGAUGGAAUAUAUAUAUUAAUUUAAAUAAUUAAAUAUGUACUCUGAGUGAAGGGGAGGGCCCCAAAAUAUUGGGGGGGGGUUGUUUGUUUUUGUUUUGUGAAAUUUUAUUAAAGCUUUUUCAUAAUAAAAUAAGAUAAAAGAAAGUAAUUUAAAUAAAACCAAAAACAGAGAGAGAGAGAGAGAGAAAACGUAGAGUCCUCUCUGAAAGGUAGUUCUUAAUCCUUGUCACACAGAGGAAAUAGGGACCUAGGAGCUUUCCUUUCUUCUCCCAGCCUCUCAGACUGGGAGAUCUUCCCUUCCCUGCCUCUCACUCAGGGUCCUUCCACCAAACAUCCACCACCUUCCUGUUUUUAAUCCCUGUACUCCAAUAAUGACCCAAAGCUGAGGACACCAAAGAGAAAAAGAGAAAAAGAAGGGGGUGGAAUGAAGAAAAAAUAAGGAAAAAAGGAAACAGUAUAAUACAAGGAAGGAAGGAAGAAAAAAGGAACGCUGAUUUUCCGUCCGUCAGUUACAAAAAAGAAAUCAUUCAAAACAUUCACUCUGGUAUGGCAUCCAACUGCUCUACUUUAUCAUAAGCAAUUUCCCCCCAGUCUUCAGACCUAAAUGUCUCAAAUUCAUUCAUUUGGGGAAACAAAACGUUAUGAGAGGUGCUGUAUAAUAACAAAAACAAACAAAACAAACCACACUUGCUUUUUGCACUGAAAAGGUCUCUAGGCAACUUACAACCUAUUUCAGAGCAUACACGCAGGUAAAGCUACGUCAUCAUAAAAAUAAACGGAAUCCAUUAAAAUCCAAAACGGACGCCCACCCCCACCAUAGCAGCAGCAAAAAGCUUCAUAUUUUUUAGCCCAUGCUGGAUAUAAACUCAAAUAACAGAAGAGAAAUACAUCGCUUCCAUUUCUCCAGGCAAAUAUCGAGUGUGCUCCAGAUUUGUUUUCAAUUACUGUGCAUAUCCAGUUCAGGUAAAAUUGGGUGCCAAAUUAUUUGCGCUAAUGCAACCCUGGAGGAACAAGGCACUGCUUUUUGUGAUAGAUCCAAGUAGCCACUGGAUGGCAUCGUGUUGCACUUUUGUACCUGAGAGAAAGUUUUAGAUGAGAGGAAACACCAUCCGCUUCACUCGCCAGAUUAAUUCAACCUCGCUGAGAUUUGGGUCAGUGUGAAUUCACCCUUCCUUUAAAUAAUGUACAGACCUUUCUUAACUUCCUACUUAUAACUGCAGCUUGCCACGCACACAAUUUUGGCAAGAUGGGUUUUUUAUGGAUUUACUGAAGCAAACCUAUUACUAAUCGGAGUGGAUUCCUGCUCCUUAACAACACACGCUACCCGCCCAUGAAUUUUUUUUUAACACUAGACUGAAUUGACAUCAUACUAUUCUGAUAAAAUUCACUUUCUCCACCCCGUCUGUCCUGGCACUUUCAGAUGAUGUAUUUAUUGAGCAUUCUUCCUGAUUUGUUUGCACAGAGAUUAGAUGAUGUUGUCUGCUUACAGAGCACUGCUGCUUAAAAAUAGCAACAGUCUGGAAGUGCCCCUUGUUCCUCACUCAAAAGUUUGGGCUAGGAAGACUUUCUGGUGCUCAAAAUGUUCUCCUCUGAAAGUGCUAAAAUCCCCUUCAUGCCUGCUUUGAUCCUGCUAAUUCUCAAUCUCUCCCCCCUCCAUACACUCUUAAAUGAAGAAAGACGGGGGGGUUAGUAAAGCAGGGGGGGACCAUCAUCUGAUGGAUAAACUGGGUGAUUUUAAAACUACUAAAUAUGGAGAAAAGGAGCCCUGGUGCUUUUCAUAAAUAGCCCUUUGUAGUUCUGACACCGUUGGGAAAGCCAAAGUAUUGUUACUAUUGCUGUUAUUAUUAUUAUUAUUCUUUGCCACUUGUUAACUCGCUUGAUGCCCGCUCGGGGGCUCCUGAAUCAGAGUUAUUGUUUGAAAUAGGUUGCUGGGAGUCAUUUCAGUCCUGUCUGCUGAUGGUGCAGCCUUAAAGAAUGCCAUGGAAACAGAAUCCUGAAAGGCUCACAGGGACCUAUAGAGAUGAUGUCUUUGAGUGCCUGGUGAAGAAUUCACAGACCAAACAGAACAAGAAAAACAACAUUGGCUGGCAUUUCGUUUUCUCCCCCUGCCCCACAAUCAUUUACAAUGCAAAUCUCUUUGUUCUUCCUCAGCCUUUCAUUCUUGAAGAGGAAUCCACAAGAUCAUCUAGGACAACUUCACCAGACUUCCUUCCUCCAGACUUCCUUUCCAUCAUUCCAGAUGUCACUGCAGGAAAGCACCGAUGAGAAGAAGGCAGCCCUUUCAUCAGCACAUGGGCAACUGCAAACUUGCUACUCUCAUUUCAACUUGCACCUAAAAAAUAUCAGUCUUACAGC